CGUGACUUGCAACCUCUUUCUUUCAAACUUCAGUUCAUGUAGAGAUGAGAGAGCUUGCCUUGGACAAGAAUUUGUUGCAGAUGAGCCAGCCAGCCUAUCAAAAUACAACAACUGGGGUGGUGCCUCAGGUUGCAUCGAGGGCCACAGUUCCCCUCCUGCUUCUCCUGGGACUGCUUCUCAUUUUUGUCAAGCUCUCUCAAAAGAAAGCAACCUUGCCAGGUCCUUCUUUCUGUCUGGGCAUUGGACCUCUCAUCUCUUAUGGUAGAUUCUUGUGGAUGGGAAUUGGCAGUGCCAGCAAUUAUUAUAAUGCAAAAUAUGGCGAGAUAGUGAGAGUGUGGAUCCAGGGUGAGGAAACACUUGUUAUUAGCAGACCCUCUGCUGUCAACCACGUGAUGAAGAAAAGUCACUACAUCUCCAGGUUUGGAAACAAGCAUGCCCUUCAGUGCAUUGGCAUGGAUGAAAAUGGCAUCAUUUUCAAUAAUAAUCCUUCCAUCUGGAAACAGACACGGUCUUAUUUUGCUAAAGCCCUGACUGGCCCCAGUCUCCAGAGGACUCUUGCAUUGACUGUGGAGUCUACUCGUGAUCACUUGAAGAAGCUGUUAGGAGGGAACGAUACCACCUGUGUAGAUAUUCUGCUCCUCCUGAGGGCCAUAACUUUAGACAUCGCCAACCGUCUAUUCCUCCGAGUGCCUCUGCAUGAGGGAGAAAUUGUGGCCAAAAUUCAGAAGUACUUUGACACAUGGCAGACACUGCUACUGAGACCUGAUAUCUUCUUCAAAUUCAAAUGGAUGUACAAGAAGUAUGAAAAGGCUGCUCAGGAUCUGCAGGAUACAGUAGAAGAGCUGUUACUGAAGAAGCAACAAGAACUGAGAGAUACUGAGAAACUGCAAGACAGUACUGACUUUGCAACGGACUUGAUUUUUGCACAGACACAUGGAAAGCUGACUUCAGACAAUGUCAGACAGAGCCUGCUAGAAAUCUUGAUAGCAGGACCCGACACAAUGUCGGUCAGCGUCUACUUUAUGUUGUUACUCAUAGCGCAGCGUCCUGAGGUGGAGAAGAAAAUAAUGGAAGAGAUUCAGGCAGUUACAGGGAACAGGGAAGUACAGAACAAUGACCUACAGCAGCUGAAGAUAUUGGAGAAUUUUAUCAAUGAGAGCAUGAGGCACCAGCCAGUGGUGGACAUAACCAUGCGCAAGGCACUGAAGGACGAUGUGAUCGAUGGCUUCCGAGUGAAGAAGGGUACCAACAUCAUCAUAAAUUUGGGCCGCAUGCAUAAAGAUGAUUUUUUCCUCAAGCCAUAUGAGUUCAAUCUGGAAAAUUUUACUGAAAGUGUGCCUCGUCACUACUUCCGGCCAUUUGGCUUUGGUCCUCGCUCCUGCGUGGGAAAGUAUGUUGCCAUGGUGAUGAUGAAAGGUAUCUUGGUGACAAUGUUAAAGCAAUUCGUGGUCCAUUCACAUAAUGGAGACACUGUACAAAAUAUUAAACAUAUAAACCACUUGUCCUUCCAUCCUAAUGAAUCACAGACUCUCCACAUGAGUUUUAUUCCGAGGAAUCAAGCACAGGAUUAAAACAGAACUCAAGUAGAUUUACACUGUUUGAUAAAGAGUGACAUAAUGAGCUUAAGGAAAUCAUUCCAAUGAAAUAUACCAUCUUUCCAUCAAGUUGACUCAGAAAUCUUGAUUAGAAACUUAGCCAAUGAAGUUUGGAUAUUGACAGAUUAUAUAUCAAUGAAAUAUAUGUCUGAAUUUCCCAGUUCAUCCUUCUCUAAUGUACUCACUCUUAUUUUCCACUGAUUUCUUAUCUGUGGAUCGAUGUACAGUAUUCACAAGAUCAACAAAAAUGAUUCUAUUUACAUUAUAUUCAUGAGGAACCAAUCAUUAUCUGUACAAGUACGGUGACCAGUUUCAGACCACUUGUGUCGAGUGGUUCCCUUUUUAUACUGUUCUAAUAUGGAGUUGCAUCUUAUAAUUUCAAAAACUGCUUGCAAAUUUCAGAAGUUUAUUAGCUAAUAUCCUUUAUACAUUUAAAUGUUUUUAUGCAUUUAUUAAUGUGUAUUAUUACUUUUGGAACUUUAUGGGACUCUAUAUGUGUUUAUUUGAGAGGCAUAUUGAUAACUAAAGCAAGAGCCUUUGCUGAAUCAGUCUGUGGAAAGACCAUACCAAUAAUCUCUUUCAGUUAAGUGUAUAUUAAAUAUAAAAAUAAUUAAUGUAAAUACAAAAGUAGUUCAUUAAAAAUAAAUAUUCUCAAGAUAUUUUGAGAAAAAAAUACUCCUGUAAACAGAAUAAAACAACCUUAGAAAGGGAAAGAAAAUUAGGGAAGAGAAUAAAUUCUACUCUCACUUAUGAGACCUUACUCAAAUAUCAGACAUCUUACAAGACUGCACCAUGGGAAGUAGAGAAGAUGCUCUGUGCUGUGACUUCACUGUAGCUGGUGAUUGUCACCAUCAUACUUGCUAUGAGGUGAGGUAUGAAAUGUUUAAAUUUCAAAGAUUGAGAAAAUGAAACUUAAUUAAUUAUGAGAUAACAGAAUGCUUUUCAUAUUGCAUAGAAAUGCUGUAAUCUACUAUCUUACAGAUCUUUUUGUGCCUUUAUUAAUAUCUUGGGCCAGACAGGAAUACUGUUCUGUAUUCAGAGUAUUGCCAUCACCUGCCCUCAGCAGAAGGAUGCUAAGUCUUCUCACAAACAAAACAAUGUGUGUGUUGGGGCCUGCCUGUAAACUUUCCCUCCUAUUUUAGAGCAAAAUGUGCACCAUGGUAAAACAGAGUUAUCGUUGCAAAUUGGAACUGAAUCUAAAACAAGAACUUUCCUUUCAUGCAACACACGCAAAAGGCCAGGCAGCAUCUAUGGAAUAGAGUACAGCUGACGUUUCAUCCUGAGACCCUUCGGCGGGACUCCUGUCAUCUUCCAUUGCAGCUGAUGACAGGGAGUCCUGCUAUAAGCUUCAUCAGUCUCAUAGCACUGAGAUAAUAUGGGGUACUCUGGGACAAGGAAGAAAUUAAAACACAAAUUGAACGAAAAACUAUCAGUACAAUUUUAAUGUUCAGCUGACUGAACUUGUCUGUCUAUAUCAUAACAGCGGCCUGUUAAUAUAAAUUUAUAAAUAAAGUUGAAAUGAAAACAACAUCAAACCCUAGAUAUUGAAUCUUUAUAUCUGAAUGUUCUGACUUAUUCUGAACUGAAAUGCUCUUAUCUCCUUUGGGUGGUCAUUGGCCGCAAGGUUGACAUCAACCUGAGCUGCAGCAAAUGUUGAACUAACUGUAUCUGAAGGGUCAGCACAGCCAAACAUGAACUGCAGGAUCUUUUGAUUUUAUACUCCGGCUCAAUCACCUUGAAUGAGGUUUUGCAGGGCAGGAGAGGGAGUUGUGUUAUCAAUUGUCACUACUGCAGAAUCUCAUAGAAACAUAGAAACAUAGAAAAUAGGUGCAGGAGUAGGCCAUUCGGCCCUUCGAGCCUGCACCGCCAUUCAGUACGAUCAUGGCUGAUCAUCCAACUCAGAACCCUGUACCAGCCUUCCCUCCAUACCCCCUGAUCCCUUUAGCCACAAGGGCCAUAUCUAACUCCCUCUUAAAUAUAGCCAAUGAACUGGCCUCAACUUUUUCCCGUGGCAGAGAAUUCCACAGAUUCACCACUCUCUGUGUGAAGAAGUUUUUCCUAAUCUUGGUCCUAAAAGGCUCCCCCUUUAUCCUCAAACUGUGACCCCUCGUUCUGGACUUCCCCAACAUCGGGAACAAUCAUCCUGUAUCUAGCCUGUCCAAUCCCUUUAGGAUUUUAUACGUUUCAAUAAGAUCCCCCCUCAAUCUUCUAAAUACCAACUCAUGGGCCUGGUCUCAAAGCAGUUUUUGCAAUUUUUGGUCUAUUGAAUGAAAAUAUACUUCAUGAUCUUGGGUGUGGGGCGGCGGGCGGGGGGGGGGUGUUUAAAAGCACUUUAUGGCCAAUUAAAUACUUUGGAUCUGUAAUUGUAGGGAAAAACACUCAUUCACUAGGUGGAUAUGGCAAAGUGAUAAUCAUCAGGUUAUCUGAAUUAAGUGUUAGUUGAGGAAUUACUAUUAUUAGAUCUGUUACCAGUCAUAUUAAUUGGGCAUGUGACCUUUGACCUUGAUUUUGUGGGGACAUUAAAGCAGAAACUCGCUUGCAGCUUUGUUGAAAAUUCCUCACAACGACUUAAUGUUGCCUGUGGAGAGAACCUAUCCCUUUCCUGCAUUGUUCCUGUGACGUGUUUCACGGGACCCAAACUGAUCAGCCAAUCAUACCAAGUAAUCCUCACAGACAGCAAAGCAAGAAAAAAAAAGUAAAAUUCAUCAGUGCUCUGUGGACAUUUUGCAGAGAAUGAAACAAAGGGACUUGCACAUUGAGGUGGAUUCUAACAUUUGGUAAAUAAGCUAAUAAAAUGUUUAAAUUAUAUUUCCCUUGGAGAUAACAUGGUUAUCUAUAGAGUUAUUAUCCUCAUUAACAAAUUUAGCUUUUCAGGGCUAGAUGAUUACUAAGCAGUAAUUAUGCCAUAUUUCUUACAAACUACGCAAUAGUGCAUUAUGCUUUCAAAGUAUUUUAUACAUAGAACACUUUUAACCCUGUACAUAUAUUUGACUUUUGGACAUACAGGAAUAAAUUUCAGAACAGCACACUGUGCACAUUUAGGAAUAUCACUGACAGCAACUUUGAGAUGUUCAUGCUUAGUGAGUACAUGCAUAGUCUAGAAAAUUCUGUUAUUUUCAGUCUAAAACAUUUGUUUUAUCAUCUUUACUGACUUACUGCUGCUGGCUUUAAGGGCAGAAGCAGAGGUUCUCUGUCUCUGCCUGUAUAGAAGGGUUCUUUAUUACUGUGUCCAUAACAAUUGUUUUUAUGGCAGUCAGGGUUGUUAACCCUGAACUGAACCCCCAAACCUGGAGGAUCGAUGAACCACUCUUAGUCUGGCCUCUACCUUUUGGCCUGUUUGGCAUGGAUGACCCUGCGAAGUUGCCCUGACUCCAGACAACAUAGCUCUCUGGGUCGCUGAGGCACACAAACCUUCAAACCCUAUGGAGGUUAUCAUCUUUACAGCUAUGAAAAUACAGGCCUUGAUGUGGACAUUGGAUAGCAUAUCAGUCACUUCCUGAAACACAUGACUUGGAAAGCUUUUACCUUCUGUUUGUAAAACCUGAAAAUCUUCCUAUGUCCCAUAAAACAAUGAAACUCAAAACAAACAAAAUUCCAAACCUCUUCUAGCUAAUCAACAGAACAAAUAAAAAUUAAGAACAGCAGUAGGCCAGACAGUUUUACUCUCCAAAUAAAUGCUAAUAAGCUCUUCCUCAAGCACAAAUUUCCUGUCUUCCUGUACAUCAGGAGUUCCCACCCUGGGAUCCAUGAAACCCUUACUUAAUGGUAUUGGUCUAUGGCAUAAAAAAAAGAAUGGGAGCCUCUGCUCUACGUCCUUUCAUGUUGUCACUUCACAAGUACCUGCUUUUAUUAACAAAGGCUCCCAUGGUCUAUAUGUUCAUUUUAUUCAAUAGCAAUGUAAUUUACUCACACAUCAGCUCUAACCAUUAUGUUGGUAAAUGCUCUGCCCUCAAGCUGUCUGUUAUUUGCUAUGUUAUGUGUUAAUUUUAUUCUAUAUUCUUCUAAAAUUGAAUAUAGAGGAAGUCAAAUUUGCAUUUUUAUUUAUCUUCUGAACUGGGCCUGUAAACAGCACAUAUAGGCAUAUGCACAUUGAGGCAAAGGCAUUAAUUGAAGAUUAUCCAGUUUAUUUUUUAUAGAAUUAUUCAAAGGUUCUAUAGCGAAUCUUACAGAGUCACAGAGUCAUAGAAAAGUACAGCUCGGAAACAGGCCCAUCAACCCAUUUAGUCCACGCUGAGCCAUUUUAACAGUCAUCAUACAGCAAUGCUCUGGAGGCUGGCGAAUAAGUUGGAAUGAUUAGUAGAUUAGUUAUUGGAUUGAUGCCUCAAAUCAUACAUGAAUGUAAAAAAACUGAGUAGUCAUUCUGACCCCUUGAGUCUACUCUGCCAAUUAAUACUAUCAUGAUCAGUCUCUGUCCCAACUCCACUUCUCAUCCUUCACCGUUCUAACAUCAACAUGCCUGUCUUUCUGAGUCCUGAAUGCAUCCCAUGUGCCCCAUCCCAAACUCACUGCAAACAUCUUCUUGUCCUUUUCACUAGCAGAGAUUAAGGGUGGCUUUCAUACUGUUCCGAAGGAAAAGGGCACAGUUUAUAAUAUUCAAAGCCUGAAGCUAUUUCCAGGCUGUCCAAGCUUUUGAGCUUAGAAAGCCAUUUUCAUGUUGAUUAUGAAGACCAAUAUCCUAAAUUGUAACCAACAACUCGAUGUAGCACACAAAGGGAAUUGGACCUGCAGGAACUGACGAAGGGUCUCGGCCCGAAACGUCAACUGUUUACUCUUUUCCAUAGAUGUUGCCUGACCUGCUGACUUCUUCCAGCAUUGUGUGUGUGCGUGUGUGUGUGUGUGUGUGCGUGCGUGCAUGCGCGCGUGUGUGUGUGUGUGUGUGUGUGUGUGAGUGUGUGUUUGUGCACGCUACAAUGUUCCUUUGUUGCCACUUGUGCAAUAUUCUACAAUACCCCCACAAGCACAUUGAAGGAUAUUGUAAGUGGAAAAUUGAAGCCUGCAUUGGAGUUAAUUACAGGCUUCCAUAAUUUCUCAGAACAUGUUGGAGAAUUCCAAAAUCCCAAUGUCUAUCUUCCUUCAGACGGCCUCUGGCUUAAAUUUUCUGUUAUUAUUGAUCCUCUUCCUGCCCUUUACACCUCAACACUCCCUCCCAUCUGCUUGGCUCAAACUGCCUCAGUUAUCUGCUAGACCAGUUCCAUCACCUGUCCAAAACUCCUUAGAUCAUCUGCUCCCAAGCAAUCCUAUUACCCAAUCAGUUACUCCACUAUCUUGGUAAUGGUGAAAGAUCACAGAAGAAGGGCCUAUUCCACAAUGCAUUGAGCCUUUCAUACAACAGAACACUGGAGGUUCUUCAGUGAUUUUGAGUGUUCCUGAUGUAGAUUCAAAUAAAACCAAUAAACCAAUAAAUGUCGGCAUAAGAUGUGGGCGAUACAAUUGAGGUUCAAUUUCACUAUGGAUUGUAAGGAGUCUAUACCUUUUCCCCUUGACCAUGAGGGUUAAUUUUGGGUGCUGCAAUUUCCUCCCAGAUUCCAAAGAUGUAUGGAUUAGUAGGUUAAUUGGCCUCUGACAUGUAAUUGUGUGGCAUGGGCUCUUUGGGCUGGAAGAGACUGGUACCCUGCUGUAUCUCCAAACGAACUAAAAUAAACAAAGAUAAACUCUUUAUUGCAAAGGCAGAUAGAAAGUACAGUAAGAUUUCAAUGAAUGCAGGAGCAGUCAUUGCCUUUGCAUGGGCACUGAGUGAAAAACCUUUCCUUUUGCUGACACCUGCAGACACUGUACAAUAAAAUUAAUUAAAUAAUUGCCAAAAUGGAUCAUUCUGUCUAACGCACAAGUAAAUAUCAAAGCUGCAUCCCUUUGCCAUAGAACUUGAAAAGUCUUUGUUCUGAUUUGAUUUUUUUUUGGUAUUCACACACUGUAUUUUCCAAUGUCCAGAUUUAUGUGAAUAAUAUUUGUAACUAAAGUGAUCAUGUGAAAUCUGAUCAUGCCAUAUAAAAAUCAU